UAAAAUCAACAAUUCUAGAGAAACCAAGGCGCGAAAUCCAAUAGAACACAUUUAAAUGGUUUGAGAAGAUUUGUUUAGUGUAAAAUUUUAUUUUUUGCCUAUUACGCGAUACUAGUUUAAGUCAAAUAAAUAGUGAAAUGAGUGGGUUUUCAGGCAAAAGAAAGUUUCCUGAAAAUGGUAAUGCAGUUAAGAAUGGACAGGCGGCAGGCGGAAAACAACAAAAGAAAUGGAACGAUGAUGAUGAUGAUGAUUUUGAUGGUAUGGACUUCGAUUUUGCCGGCGAUGGUGAUGGUGAUGGAGAUGCUUUAUUAGGCGAAGGUCCAGAAAACCAACAAACCUCGGUUAAAUGGUCUCGUGUUGAUCCACCUGACUUAGAUCCAUCAAGUGAUGGGCUAACAUUUCAACAAAUAGAUGUCGAAAAUUACCUAGGUGAGCCACUACCAGGCAUGCCGGGCGCUCAAAUUGGUCCGGUACCAAUAAUUCGUAUGUUUGGUAUAACUAUGGAAGGUAACUCAGUUUGUUGUCAUGUACAUGGUUUCUGUCCCUAUUUCUAUAUUGCGGCGCCACGCAGCUUUGAGCGUAAACACUGCAAUGCGCUGCGAGAAGCACUAGAUAAAAAAGUAUUAGCAGAUAUGCGUAGCAACAAAAAUAAUGUACAGGAAGCUGUCUUGGAGGUACAACUCGUGGAGCGUCUCAAUAUUUACGGUUAUCAGGGAGAUGAGAAACAACGCUAUAUAAAAAUAACAGUAACAAUGCCUAAAUUGGUUGCGGCGUCUGUGCGUCUGAUGGCCAAUCAAAUUAUCAUGUCUGAUUUCGAUUUUCAAGAUUGUCGUGCAUUUGAAAGCAAUAUCGACUUCGAUAUACGCUUCAUGGUAGACACACAUGUGGUCGGCUGCAAUUGGAUUGAAUUACCAGCAGGUACAUGGCGUAUUCGUAAUAAGAACACUAAACCCUUACCAGAAUCGCGUUGUCAAAUUGAGGUUGAUGUGGCGUAUGAUAAAUUUAUAUCACACGAACCUGAAGGUGAAUGGGCAAAGGUAGCACCUUUUCGUAUAUUAUCAUUUGAUAUUGAAUGUGCCGGACGUAAAGGUAUUUUCCCAGAGGCCAAAAUGGAUCCAGUUAUACAGAUUGCCAAUAUGGUCAUACGACAAGGUGACCCAGAACCUUUCAUUAGAAAUGUGUUUACAUUAAAUAAUUGUGCCCCAAUUGUUGGCUCCCAAGUACUCUGUUUCCCUAAAGAAACUGACCUUUUAGAAGCUUGGUCCAGUUUUGUACGAGAAGUUGAUCCGGAUAUUUUAACAGGUUAUAAUAUCAAUAAUUUCGAUAUACCCUACUUGCUCAAUCGCGCUGCACAUUUGAAGGUGAAGAAUUUCGAGUAUCUUGGACGGAUACGUAAUAUUCGUUCAGUUAUCAAGGAACAGGUGCUACAAUCAAAGCAAAUGGGACGGCGUGAGAAUAAGUAUGUGAAUUUUGAAGGGCGCGUGCCUUUCGAUUUACUCUUUGUAUUAUUGCGUGAAUAUAAGCUUCGUUCCUAUACGCUCAAUGCUGUGAGCUACCAUUUCUUACAAGAACAAAAAGAAGAUGUACACCACAGUAUAAUCACGGACCUGCAGAAUGGUGAUGAACAAACACGACGCCGUCUGGCUAUGUACUGUCUAAAAGACGCCUACUUACCAUUACGCUUGCUCGACAAAUUGAUGUCGAUUGUAAAUUACAUGGAAAUGGCUAGGGUAACAGGUGUGCCACUAGAAUCGUUGCUCACAAGAGGACAACAGAUAAAGGUAUUGAGUCAGUUGUUGCGUGCAGCGCGCACUAAGGGUUUCAUCAUGCCUGCCUAUCAGUCUAAGGCCUCUGAAGAUCAAUACGAAGGUGCUACUGUGAUUGAACCCAAACGUGGUUACUACGCUGAUCCAAUAGCGACACUCGAUUUCGCCUCUCUAUAUCCCAGUAUCAUGAUUGCACAUAAUCUCUGCUAUACAACGUUGGUGCAACCAGGCAUGAAGGAACGUUUGAGUUUGACGGACGCACAGGUGGAACGUACACCAGCUAAUAAUACAUUCGUACGCUCAGAUGUACGCACGGGGCUGUUGCCAGAAAUUCUGCAAUCUCUAUUGGCAGCACGUAAGCGUGCCAAGAAUGACUUAAAGGUUGAAAAAGAUCCCUUCCGACGCAAAGUGCUCGAUGGUCGACAAUUGGCUUUAAAGAUUUCGGCGAAUUCAGUUUAUGGCUUCACUGGCGCACAAGUAGGCAAGCUGCCUUGUCUAGAGAUAUCGGGCAGUGUUACCGCUUACGGUCGCACAAUGAUUGAGCUGACCAAAAAUGAGGUUGAGCUACAUUAUAAAAUUGCCAACGGUUAUGAGAAUGAUGCAGUGGUUAUUUAUGGCGAUACAGAUUCAGUGAUGGUUAAUUUUGGUGUAAAAACUUUAGAGCGUGCUAUGGAACUGGGACGGGAGGCUGCAGAUAUUGUGAGCGCAAAGUUUGUACGCCCCAUCAAAUUGGAAUUCGAAAAAGUCUACUAUCCUUAUUUGCUAAUUAAUAAGAAACGUUAUGCGGGUUUGUAUUUCACGCGUCCUGAAACGUACGAUAAAAUGGAUUGCAAGGGUAUUGAAACAGUACGUCGCGACAACUCACCGCUCGUUGCGAAUCUCAUGAAUACUUGCCUACAAAAGUUGCUUAUCGAAAGAAAUCCCGACGGCGCUGUUGACUAUGCGAAGCGGGUUAUAGCCGAUUUACUCUGCAAUCGUGUUGAUAUAUCCCAACUGGUGAUUACCAAAGAGCUGGCAAAGACUGAUUACGCUGCGAAGCAAGCGCAUGUGGAGUUAGCGAAUAAAAUGAAGAAACGUGAUCCAGGCACAGCGCCCAAGUUGGGUGAUCGCGUGCCAUACGUUAUAUGCGCAGCCGCGAAAAAUACGCCAGCUUAUAUGAAAGCAGAAGAUCCACUUUAUGUGCUCGAGAAUUGUGUGCCCAUCGACGCGAACUACUAUCUGGAACAACAACUGUCCAAGCCUUUAUUGCGUAUAUUUGAGCCACUACUCGGUGAUCGGGCAGAAUCCAUUCUUUUGAAGGGUGAACACACGCGCACACGUUCUGUGGUCACUUCGAAAGUUGGUGGUCUUGCUGGUUUUAUGACCAAAAAGUCCUCCUGCCUUGGCUGUCGCGCUUUGAUGCCGGCUGGUUAUGAAAAGGCCGCACUGUGUCCACAUUGCGAGCCACGCAUGAGUGAAUUAUAUCAGCGUGAAAUUAUAGCAAAGCGCUCUUUGGAAGAGACCUUCGAUCGCUUAUGGACCGAAUGUCAACGUUGUCAGGGUUCACUGCAUGAAGAGGUUUUAUGCUCGAAUCGCGAUUGCCCAAUUUUCUAUAUGCGUCAAAAGAUACGCAUGGAUUUGGAUACACAAGAGAAGCGCGUACAACGUUUCGGUGCGCCCGACUGGUGAUGGAUUGUAUCAUUUUAUUGCAUGACUAUUACGUGUGUGCCUAGAACUUAAUAACCUAUUAAGUUUGGCUAAUGAAAUAUUUAUAUUUUGUUUCAAUAACUGAUCAAAGAAUGCCGAUUUGUUAUUUGGUUUGUCUAAAUAAAUUUUUUUAAUUGUCUAAAAAAAUUUUAA